GGUACCUUAAGCUGGGGGAUGGCCUUCGAUGCCACAGCCCCAAGCUUGGAAUCAAUCAGUCUUAAGUUGCCAAACAGGACCUAAUAGUCCCUAGAAAAUAAAACAACGUGAAAUUCGUGACCUCACUGUCAGGCAAAACGGCUUUGGCAUAAAAAACAAGAAAUCAACAUCACAUCCGAGGGAUCCGGAAUUGCUCUUGUCACUGAUAAAUUUAGAUUCUACAGUGGUAGGAGCCAAUUAAGGCUUGAUGGGGGCACUCUCCUCUCGACAAACCUCGUGAGUACAAGAUAUCCUUGUUGACAUUGAGAAUUAAGUUCAAACCUAACAUCAAUUGCAAUCAAACUUUGUAUAUGACUAUCCGUUCAGUCCCAUUUUCCCCCGCACCCCCGAUUUUUACUCCAUACUCAUUGAACAUACAAGAAGCAAUACAGCAUGAAGUUUUUUAUUUUCCUCCGGUUCAUCGUCCUCUUUUCCUUCUACGUUGGUGAAUCAUCGGCACUAGCGAGAACGGAUUGCACUUGUUAUGGAUGUGAUCCCACCGGUUCCGGGUAUGCACCAAACCAUAACAUAUCGCCAGAUCUCCUGAAAGAUCCCAACUUUCGAGUUCUAUGGAAUACAACAUUUGAGAGCCAGGAGCGUUGGUACGCGCAGCCCUUGGUCUACACGCCGUUCAGCACAGGCAAACAGCUGGUGAUCACUGGGUCAACGUUGAAUUUUGUCCGCACACAAGAUGCUGCGACGGGAAAGGUGAUAAAUGAGAGACAAUUGGAGUUCCCUGUGCUAGUGGACGACAUCCAGUGCCCUAAUAUACCGUUCCAUUACGGCAUUACAGGGACACCAGUAAUUGAUCCGGAGACGGAUACUGUAUACCUUUUCGUGAAUGGAUAUCGGAAUAAUAAUCAAAGUGGAGGGUUUUUGAAUGUUAUUUACAGCUUUUACGCCCUGAAUAUUUUGGACUUGACUACACGCCCUGGAUAUCCAAUUCUGAUCGACGGACAUCACGCCGACAAUUCGCCAGAAAACUACUUUCUAGGAGGGACAGUCCUCCAAAGACCUGGACUGGUGUUACUUAAUCGAACCGUUUUCGGGGGUUUCGGGACUCAUUGCAACGCAUACAACUAUACUGGCUGGAUUGUGGGCGCUCCUACAUGGCACCCAAACACUCAAGUAGCGCAGGCAAAACUCACCCAUAUGUUCACAACCGAAGCUCCACCGUUUGCACCACCCAUCGUCAUGGACCCUUAUUCAGGCAGAAGUGGAAAAGGAGGUGUUUGGCAAGGUGGUUUCGCAAUCACAACCGACGGUACCCACCUCUACUUCGCGACCGGCAAUGGACCGCCCUUCGCAGGUUUUGAGCAAAAUAAUAUUACGAUGGGACCCGGCAAUGGAAAGGCUGGUCUUUCAACCGCGAACAACGCUGUCAUCAAGCUCGGAGCCGCGGACGGAAAAUUGUCCAUCGUAGAUUAUUUCCAGCCGGCAGAUUACUUUGCCAGACGGAGUCGCCCAGAUCAAGAUUUGGGAUCCGGUGGUGUUGCUUUACUCGAUCAGAGGGUAUUUAAGGGACCCAUGGGCGAGCGAGUGGCACUGCAAUGUGGGAAGCUUGGGAUCUUGUAUGUUAUGGAUACUGGCGACCUUGGUGGAUUUGCAAACGGUAACAACCUGACCAACGAUGUUUUACAAGAAGUUAAACUUCCAUUCAGCGGAGGAGAUAUCUCCGGUGGCUUGGCAUCAUAUCCAGGAGAAGGUGGUUACAUUUACGCAAACAAGAAUGGCGGACAGAUGCUUGCCUACAAGUAUAGGGAGGGUGGAACGUUUGAGCUCGCUGGAGUAUCUCCUUUCAACAAUACUGCCACAGCAUCGACGCCUUCGGUGACUAGUUUGGAUGGCAAGCCUGGAACGGCCAUCGUCUGGUCUCAGUAUGAGUACGACUUGAUUCCCUACGACCUGGACCCAUACCCAAGCGACAACGACUUGCUGAAGGCGUGGCAUGCAGUGCCUUCAGCAGAUGGUCAGCUGGUAUCCAUCAAGCUUCCCGUCGUGGGAGGGCAGUCAAGGUUCAUCCAUCUUGGCUUUGGAGAUGGUCGGAUCUAUCUGGCAGGGCUGGAUAAUAAUAUCAUAUGCCUCGGCGUCUCUUGAAAUCCAGAAUUUUGCGCUUUGGGGCUGCUCCAGCCUGUAUUGUGGCGAGCGGGCCUGCGCAGGUGGGUCUGGCUAAGCGAGACUCUGCUUUGGGAAAUGAAGGUCCGGAAUGGGGAUUAUGCCAUGAAAAUGAGUGCUCAU